UUGUGGCGACAGUGCCCAUCGCAUUUUACCGGAUACAAAUUUAAAAUGCAAUUGGUGAACUUCCUGUGGAUUGGUCUGUUGACGAUCCCGCAGGCAUUCGCCCUGGAUGCAUGUGCAGGACAACAUUUUGGAUAUAAAGCUGUCGAUCCAGCUGAUCCCCAUGCAUACUACUUGUGUCUGGGCUUGGUGGGCAAAAUAAGAAAUACUUGUGCGGAGGGAUUUCGUUUUAAUGUGCAAGCACAAAAUUGUGCACAAGUGCAGCUGUCAAAUUCUGGCAGCGGGCCCAAUAAUGAGUUCAAUAUAAAUCAGAACAUAACACUUGAUAGGCCAAUCAUUUUCAAUAUCUUCGGCUACCUGUUUAAUCGACCCCCGAAUUUUCCCACAACAACGCCACCAUCAAUCGGAACUACCACUAAAACUCUCCCCGGAGAGAAUGAAUCCACAACAAUAACUCAGUUAUUUCCAAAAAGCACAACACACGGUAUAAAUACCACUCCUGAUGGACUCGACACUUCUACUCGAAGCUCAACACCCGGAUCUCUGCAGUCUACUGCGACAGUAACUCAACCAUCAGAAACUUCUACCGAGAUCUCUAGUUCCAGCAGCGAAGCCUCAUCUUCCUCAGCAGAGAGUUCUACUGAGGGCUCUCGAUCAAGUUCUGAAGACUCAUCUUCUAUUGAAACAACGGAACCAUCAGAAACUUCCACCAAGAGCUCUACUGAAAUUUCUGAAGCCGCAUCUACAGAAACAUCAAAAAGCUCUACUGACAGCUCUAGUUCAAGCUCGGAGGGCUCAACUUCUGAAAUAACGGAACCAUCAGAAAGUUCUACCGAGAGCUCCAGAUCCAGUUCCGAAGACUCAUCUUCAGCAGUACCGGAACCAUCAGAAAGUUCUACUGAGAGCUACAGUUCCAGUUCCGAAGCCCCAUCUUCUUCGGAAGUAACGGAACCAUCAGACAGUUCAACUGAGAGCGCCAGCUCCAGUUCGGAAGCCCCAUCUUCUUCUGCAGUAACGGAUCAAACAGAGAGUUCAACUGAGAACUCUGUUGAGAGUUCCAGCCCCAGUUCGCAAGCCUCAUCCUCUUCAGAAGUAACGGAUCCUUCAGAAAGUUCAACCGAGAGCUCUAGUUCCAGUUCCCAGGAACCAUCAGAAAGUUCCACUGAGAGCUCUAGCUCAAGUUCGGAGGGCUCAUCUUCUGAAAAAACGGAACCAUCAGAAAGUUCAACUGAGAGCUCCAGUUCCAGUUCCGAAGCCUUAUCUUCUUCAGAAGUAACGGAUCCAUCAGAAAGUUCAACCGAAAGCUCUAGUUCCAGUUCCCAGGAACCAUCAGAAAGUUCCACUGAGAGCUCUAGCUCAAGUUCGGAGGGCUCAUCUUCUGAAAAAACGGAACCAUCAGAAAGUUCAACUGAGAGCUCCAGUUCCAGUUCCGAAGCCCCAUCUUCUUCAGAAGUAACGGAUCCAUCAGAAAGUUCAACUGAGAGCUCCAGUUCCAGUUCCCAGGAACCAUCAGAAAUUUCCACUGAGAGCAAUAGUUCAAGUUCGGACGGCUCAUCUUCUGAAAUAACGGAACCAUCAGAAAGUUCUACUGAGAGCUCCAGUUCCAGUUCCGAAGACUCAUCUUCAGCAGUACCGGAACCAUCAGAAAGUUCUACUGAGAGCUUCAGUUCCAGUUCCGAAGCCCAAUCUUCUUCGGAAGUAACGGAACCAUCAGACAGUUCAACUGAGAGCUCCACCUCCGGUUCGGAAGCCCCAUCUUCUUCUGCAGUAACGGAUCAAACAGAGAGUUCAACUGAGAGCUCUGUUGAGAGUACCAGCCCCAGUUCGCAAGCCUCAUCCUCUUCAGAAGUAACGGAUCCAUCAGAAAGUUCAACGGAGGGCUCUAGUUCCAGUUCCCAGGAACCAUUAGAAAGUUCCACUGAGAGCUCUAGCUCAAGUUCGGAGGGCUCAUCUUCUGAAAAAACGGAACCAUCAGAAAGUUCAACAGAGAGCUCCAGCUCCAGUUCCGAAGCCCCAUCUUCUUCAGAAGUAACGGAUCCAUCAGAAAGUUCAACUGAGAGCUCCAGUUCCAGUUCCCAGGAACCAUCAGAAAUUUCCACUGAGAGCAAUAGUUCAAGUUCGGACGGCUCAUCUUCUGAAAUAACGGAACCAUCAGAAAGUUCUACUGAGAGCUCCAGUUCCAGUUCCGAAGACUCAUCUUCAGCAGUACCGGAACCAUCAGAAAGUUCUACUGAGAGCUUCAGUUCCAGUUCCGAAGCCCAAUCUUCUUCGGAAGUAACGGAACCAUCAGACAGUUCAACUGAGAGCUCCACCUCCGGUUCGGAAGCCACAUCUUCUUCUGCAGUAACGGAUCAAACAGAGAGUUCAACUGAGAACUCUGUUGAGAGUUCCAGCCCCAGUUCGCAAGCCUCAUCCUCUUCAGAAGUAACGGAUCCUUCAGAAAGUUCAACCGAGAGCUCUAGUUCCAGUUCCCAGGAACCAUCAGAAAGUUCCACUGAGAGCUCUAGCUCAAGUUCGGAGGGCUCAUCUUCUGAAAAAACGGAACCAUCAGAAAGUUCAACUGAGAGCUCCAGUUCCAGUUCCGAAGCCUUAUCUUCUUCAGAAGUAACGGAUCCAUCAGAAAGUUCAACCGAGAGCUCUAGUUCCAGUUCCCAGGAACCAUCAGAAAGUUCCACUGAGAGCUCUAGCUCAAGUUCGGAGGGCUCAUCUUCUGAAAAAACGGAACCAUCAGAAAGUUCAACUGAGAGCUCCAGUUCCAGUUCCGAAGCCUUAUCUUCUUUAGCAGUAACGGAUCCUUCAGAAAGUUCAACUGAGAGCUCUAGUUCCAGUUCCCAGGAACCAUCAGAAAUUUCCACUGAGAGCUCUAGUUCAAGUUCCGAGGGCUCAUCUUCUGAAAUAACGGAACCAUCAGAAAGUUCUACUGAGAGCUCCAGUUCCAGUUCCGAAGACUCAUCUUCAGCAGUAACGGAACCAUUAGAAAGUUCUACUGAGAGCUUCAGUUCCAGUUCCGAAGCCCCAUCUUCUUCGGAAGUAACGGAACCAUCAGACAGUUCAACUGAGAGCUCCAGCUCCAGUUCGGAAGCCUCAUCUUCUUCUGCAGUAACGGAUCAAACAGAGAGUUCAACUGAGAGCUCUGUUGAGAGUUCCAGCCCCAGUUCGCAAGCCUCAUCCUCUUCAGAAGUAACGGAUCCAUCAGAAAGUUCAACGGAGGGCUCUAGUUCCAGUUCCCAGGAACCAUCAGAAAGUUCCACUGAGAGCUCUAGUUCAAGUUCGGAGGUCUCAUCUUCUGAAAUAACGGAACCAUCAGAGAGUUCUACUGAGAGCUCCAGUUCCAGUUCCGAAGCCACAUCUUCUUCGGAAGUAACGGAACCAUCGGAAAGUUCUACUGAGAGCUCUGUUGAGAGCUCCAGUUCCAGUUCGCAAGCCUCAUCUUCUUCAGAAGUCACGGAUCCAUCAGAAAGUUCAACUGAGAGCUCUAGUUCCAGUUCCCAGGAACCAUUAGAAAGUUCCACUGAGAGCUCUAGCUCAAGUUCGGAGGGCUCAUCUUCUGAAAAAACGGAACCAUCAGAAAGUUCAACUGAGAGCUCCAGUUCCAGUUCCGAAGCCUUAUCUUCUUUAGCAGUAACGGAUCCUUCAGAAAGUUCAACUGAGAGCUCUAGUUCCAGUUCCCAGGAACCAUCAGAAAUUUCCACUGAGAGCUCUAGUUCAAGUUCCGAGGGCUCAUCUUCUGAAAUAACGGAACCAUCAGAAAGUUCUACUGAGAGCUCCAGUUCCAGUUCCGAAGCGUCAUCUUCUGCAGUAAUGGAUCAAACAGAAAGUUUAACUAAGAGCUCUACUGAGAGUUCCAGUUCCAGUUCGGAAGCCUUAUCUUCUUCAGCAGUAACGCAACCAUCAGAUUCUACUGAAAGCUCUAGUUCAAGCUCCGAGGAACCAUCAGAAUUUUCCACUGAGAUCUCUAGUUCAAGCUCGGACGGCUCAUCUUCAUCUGAUAUAACGGAACCAUCUGAAAGUUCUACUGAGAGCUCCAGCUCCAGUUCCGAUCCCUCAUCUUCAGCAGUAACGGAUCCAUUAGAAAGUUCUACUGAGAGCUCCAGUUCCAGCUCCGAAGCCUCAUCUUCUUCUGCGAUAACGGAUCAAGCAGAAAGCUCUACAGACAGCUCCACUUCUUCGUCUUCAUCCGCUGGACCAGAAGCAGCUGUUUCCCCUAUUGGGGUUUUUGCAGCACUUCAACUUCUUCCAAUCGGCUUGAAUGCUGGAAAACCCAGUGAGGGAUUAAAAAAGACAUUGUGGACACCAACAGCGCAUGGAGCUACAUUCUCCACUGAUGGAACCAAAGAAAGUUCAUAUUGCGCCCUUCUGCCAAAUGGUGCGUACAUAAGAGACCCAAAGUCCUGUAGUAAAUUUUAUGUUUGUGCAAAUGGAGGCUCCAUUUCUCGAAAGUGUCCUGGAAAUCUCUAUUUCGAUAUAGAAAAGAAUAUUUGCAAUUUCCCCAGUCUUGUAGACUGUUCCAAGCAACAGCAACUAUUCUCUAAUGCCGUUGGCAUUAGCUCGGAAAACUUGUUAACUUCUGAUGGGAGGAAACCGUCCUUGGAUGCACCAUCGACACCUGAAGCCUCAGAGAAUAUUUCAUCCGACAAUAAUAGCAUAUUAUUGGAUAAGCCAUUGUCAGUCUCUGCAGUUACGAAAAUUACGUUGGGUAAUCCAACCGAAGAGCGCACAAAACUGAGUUCUGCGGAAGAUAACAGCUCCAGCUCAGAGAAUUACCUUGCUAGCCCAAAAGUAACAGUCAGUACAGGGAUUGGAUUGCAAGGCUCAAAACAAUUUGCACCAGCAAUCGAGGACCUUAAACAGCUCGAACAUAUGAGCCUUAAGCAAGGCAUACGCGAAAUGAAUCCUGAGCUGGUUGCGACGGAAGUUGAGGAAAGGUCAGUCUGCAGCUCUCUACCAAAUGGCGCCUAUCUAAGGGACUCCAAGUCAUGUAGCAAAUUCUAUAUCUGUGCCAAUGGUCAAGCGAUUUCACGUAGCUGCCCAAAAAAUCUUUAUUUUGACGUGAAGAAAAAGGUUUGCAAUUUUCCACAGCUUGUGGAAUGUCUAAGCAGCGAUGACCAGAGUAACAAUUAUAGAAAUCCAUUACCAAAACCCAAUAAAAAUCUGGAUGGCGUUCGUAUCGUUAAAACGACGAGUACGGGAAGUACAUUGCGUUCGCCUCCUAAGCCAAAACCAUCUUCAGAAAGCACAAUUGUAGUUCCAAAGGUAUCCAAAAAAUCGGAGGAGGAAGGCUCCCCAAUAGCCAGCAGCUCCCAAAACAGUUUUGUGUCCAGCUCAAAGGUCAUAAAGUCUCAAAGUGCCUCCGCCGACCAGGGUAACAGGAGCACCAAGAAAACUCAGAUUCCCGCAGCACAAAAGCAACAGCAGGGCAGACCAUUUGUAGCUGGGCAUAUUAAGUCUCAAGACGCGGAAAUACCUUCCCUAAAAAAUGUUGUGUCCAGCUCAAAGGCCAUAAAGUCUCCAAGUGCAUCCGCCGAUCAGAGUAACACCAGCUCCAAGAAAACUCAGAUUCCCGCAGCACAAAAGCAACAGCAGGGCAAACCAAUUGAAGUUGGGCAUAUUAAGUCUCAAGACGCGGAAAUAAGUUCCCUAAAAAAUGUUGUGUCCAGCUCAAAGGUCAUAAAGUCUCAAAGUGCCUCCGCCGACCAGGGUAACAGGAGCACCAAGAAAACUCAGAUUCCCGCAGCACAAAAGCAACAGCAGGGCAAACCAAUUGAAGUUGGGCAUAUUAAGUCUCAAGACGCGGAAAUAAGUUCUAUAAAAAAUGUUGUGUCCAGCUCAAAGGUCAUAAAGUCUCAAAGUGCCUCCGCCGACCAGGGUAACAGGAGCACCAAGAAAACUCAGAUUCCCGCAGCACAAAAGCAACAGCAGGGCAAACCAAUUGUAGCUGGACAUAUUAAGGCUCAAGGAGCGGAAAUAAUAAGCUCGACGAAAACUGAGAUCUAUAAGAAACCAGCUAGAGUACUCAACACAGGGAAGAGGAUUAAGCCAAGAGAACCCAUGCUCGUGCCUUCAGGCGUGGAGAGUUCAGACUGCAGUUUCCUGCCAAAUGGGGCUUUCAUAAGAGAUUCAAAGCUGUGCGGCAAGUUUUACGUGUGCGCAAAUGGUCGUGCCGUACCCAAAAACUGUCCAGGAAUUCUUUAUUUCGAUAUCAAGAAGAGGGUCUGUAAUUUCCCCAGCCUAGUGGACUGCAGAAACAACAAUGAUGCACACACCGCAGCUCCAGUCAAACCUUCGACUACUUCUGUCCUGCCGCCAAGCACACCAAUCCCGGAUUGUAGCUCCCUGCAAAAUGGCGUCUAUCUAAGGCAUCCAAAUUCGUGUAGCAAGUUUUAUGUGUGUGCGAAUGGCCGUGCCAUAGCUAGAGAAUGCCCCAAAGGGCUUUAUAUAGACACAGAGAUAAAAUAUUGCGAUUUCCCCAGUCGAGUGGCCUGUUCCCUAGAUGCUCCACAGAUACCAAACCGUGCUCAGGGUCUAGCAAAUAUUGCAGCAACAACUCUUGGUGAGCCCGACUGUAGGGAUAAGGUCGAUGGAACCACUCUGCGCGAUGCGAAACAAUGCAAUAAGUAUUAUAUCUGCGUAAAGGGAACUCCAGCUACCCAUUUCUGUGCGCCUGGCAAAUGGUUUGACCUCAAUCGCCGGGUCUGUGACCCCAAGCGUCUGGUCGAGUGCAGUAAUUGAGUGGGCAGAGCUCAUUAUAUAACUCUAAUGAAUUGAGAGUAUUAUGGAUAAUGUAUAUGGUAUAAUAGGUGAAGGGCUAUACUAUCAAUUUGAAUAAGUGGCGCAUACUAACUUUAGCAUAUAAUAUAGAAUUGGUUAUGGUGUUUGUUACGCAUAAGGAAAUCGACAAUGUUAUCCAGUGUAUUCCGACAAAAGUUUUCACAUUACUUAAUGUCUUCUACAGGGAAUAAAUCAAAUAUUUUAACAUCCUGAGUUUCCACAUUA